GGUUGGUGCGGAUCCCCGGGUUGGCAGGAACAGGAACUAUCGAGGGCCCCUGGCAACAGGUCAAGUGUGGGGAGCUUGCUGGCUCCUAGCACAAAUGGACUGGCCAUUGUUGGCAGCUGAUCUUCCAGAAAAAUGACUGCUUUAUCUCUUGCUGCAGGCUGGAGCCUUUUUAUCUUCUUCCAGAGACGUUCCUGAUCUUUUUUUUAAAGAAGAUUUUUUUAGAAAGAUGGUUUCCUUGAACUUUCCGAGGGAAUUCAGAGGAUUAAUUUUUCAGAUGCUCUGCUUACUCUGCCGUUAGCUGGAAGGUUUUUUUUUUUUUUUUCAACCUAAUUUCUUUUUGACAGUCCAUAGAGUGCUUUCUCUGACUUCAAAGAUUUCCAUUUGAAAAGUUGCCAUUUGAAGUCUGUCAGUAAUUCAAAUGUGCCCUUUAGGAUGGUCCUCCCGGAGAACACAGAUAGCUGAAUUGUGUCUCUUUCCCACACAUACACCUGGUGCCAUCGAGUCAGACAAGCCCCAGCCUCCGUCAGACCAUUUUUCUCCCUUUGUUUUUCUUUGGUUUGUUUGACUCAGCCACAUGCUGGGGCUGGGUUGGGUUUUACCUUUGAGCAUCACUGACUUUUUUUUCUUGGCUGCUUUAGUUGUAGUCAUUGAACCACUGGUGAUGCAGUAGAUUCUUCCAUGGAGGACGCCUGAGCAUGACCCAGCCAAAAAACGGACGCCUGAGUUCCUCUUUUUUGCAGCCUCGUUGAAUUUCUUUAAACACAAACCUAUAUUUGCUCUUAUUCUUGUGGUUCUUGGCUUACUGCUGCUUCUGCUAUUGAAGGUGACUUCUCUGAGCCAAUCGAGUCUUCCUGUUUGCUGUUGCAACACUUUCCGGUGAGACCGGGAUUUGUUUUUUUUUCUUCUGGCCUGCCUUUGUCAUCAUUUUUGAAAUUUCUCUUGCUGGUUCUAAGUUAUUCUAGCUAUUUUCUGAGAUAGGCCUGGGGAUAUUUUGGCAUUUUUAGCCAGGAGGAAGCAGCCUGCCAGCUUGUGUUUCUGACAGGUGUCCUCCAGCGGGAGCAGGUGCGCAGGGGGCUCCACACUGCACAACUCCAGGAGGCGCUCUUCGCAGAGACCUCGGAGCACGAAGCUUUAAAUGAAAGAACAUGAGUCAGCAACUAAACAGAAGCUGGAGCUGCUCCUUCAGCGAUGUGGAUGAGCUGAUGAAGACGGUGCAGCUGACGGUCCACAUCCCCACCUUCCUCCUGGGCCUCCUCCUCAACGUGCUGGCCAUCCGAGGCUUUAGCACGUUCCUGAAGAAGAGGUGGCCAAAUUAUGCUGCCACUUCCAUCUACAUGAUCAACCUGGCAGUCUUUGACCUGCUGCUGGUGCUGUCCCUUCCGUUCAAGAUGGCGAUGUCCAACGUAUGGGCUCCCCAUCCUUCCGUUUGUACCUUCGUGGAGUGCUUCUACUUCGUUAGCAUGUACGGGAGUGUCUUCACUAUCUCCUUCAUUAGUCUGGAUAGAUUCUUGGUCAUCCGGUACCCGUUCCUGGUCAGCCACCUCCGGUCCCCCAGGAAGAUCUUUGGGAUCUGUUGCACCAUCUGGGUCCUCGUGUGGGUGGGGAGUAUUCCCAUCUACAGCUUCCACGGGAAGGUGGAAAAGUACACAUGCUUCCACAACAUGUCUGAUGGCACCUGGAGUCCCCAGGUCUUCUUCCCCCUUGAGGUGUUCGGCUUCCUUCUUCCCCUGGGUGUCAUGGGUUUCUGUUCCUCCAGGAGCAUUCACAUCCUGGUCUGCCGUCAGGGCCUCACCGAGGACUGGGUCCAGCAGAAGGCCUGCAUCUGGACAAUUGCAGCCAGCCUGGCUGUCUUCGUGGUCUCCUUUCUUCCGGUCCAUUUGGGCUUCUUCUUGCAGUUCCUGGUACGGAAUGGCUUUAUUGUGGAGUGUAGAGCUAAGCAGAACAUCAGCUUUUUCUUGCAAUUGUCCAUGUGUUUCUCCAACAUCAACUGCUGCCUAGAUGUCUUCUGCUACUAUUUUGUCAUCAAAGAAUUCCGCACGGACAUCAUGGCCCACCGGCCUUCCAGGGUCCAGCUCGUCCGCCAGGAUACCAUGACCAGCAGGAUCUAAGGAAGGAAAGACCUACACAGAAGAAGGAACCCCCGGCCCCAAAUCCCAGUAGCAGAUAUCGCGUUCCGACGUUUCUGAUGUGGUGGACCGAUGUGGCACAUUUGCUUCUGUGCUUUCCCUUGUGAUGCUCAUUGAACACUGUCAUUGCUCAUUAUGCUCCAAAGAGCUUUCCCCAGCAUGCAGACAACUGGACAUGAAUCACCCAGUAUUUGGGAAUCUCUGAAGGACCCGAGAAACGGGUGAAUUCUUUAUUUCUAAGCUCAAAAACAUGAGGCAGAAGAAUUGAGAUAGAGGAGACCAUCGGAGCAAGGCUGUUUCCCAGCUCUUCCCCAUCCUUCUGUUAGACUAGAAGGUUCUGGAAAGGAAGAGAGACGAGUUAGGAGAGAGACCCGAGAGGGUUGGUCAUGGUGGGAAAUGCUCUGGGAACAGACGGAGCAGGAGGGAUGUAGCAAGCUCCUUUCUAGUUUGGGGAUCCCAGGGUAGAGCAGAUUUGUACCUCCCCAUCCUUUCUGGGGCUUUGUUGGCCAAUAACCUCACAGAGAUGAUAGCAAGUGGGGGUGAGAGGGGCAGAGAAAGAACCUACAGAGAGCCCCAAGUUUCCUAUGGGAAAGAAGGGCCUGGGAAGCCAGCCAAAGCUUCCCGUGUCCUCCCAAGGCUGCAGAAGGAUGAGGGGAGCCGGUGUGAACCAGGCCAUGGUGAAGCUAUGGACGCUUUGUGGAAGAAUUGGGGACAGAGGGGAAAGGCACUGGUGACACCUGAGAGCCACAAGGGAAUUGGAUACACCUGGGGAAGGAAGGUGACAGGCCAAGGACCCCCUGUUGCCAUCAUGAUGUAGCCUAGAAGAGGCUGAUCUAAGGAUGCAGGCUUGAUUUGGUUCAGCCAGAGGAGAAUAAGGAACAUGUGUUUGUCUUGCCCACCUGAAUCCUGCAGGACGGCUGGCUCGGAGCCACUAUCCACAGAACUGUCCCUCUCCAGUGGCCGGGAGGGGGCAAAUGAGCCAGCCAGGAAUGGGAGGAAUCAUCUCGAUGGCAUGGAGCCCCUGGCAGUUCCUACUCGAAGACCAAACAACCGCCUCCCGGUUUGGACCGGGCUUCUCUCUCCAGUGGCCCUGAGGAGGAGGAGCGGUGGCGGCUGUGAGCCUUGCGAGGACACAGCCGCCGCUCCAGAGAGCAAAAUGACUAGAAGGAUGGGUUGUGGGGUGGUUUUGCGAGGCGGAGUGAGUGGGACGAGAUGUAAGGGAUGAGACCUAAUGUGAGAAAGGGGGAGGUCUUUAGGAAGAAAAGAACCACUUUCUACUUGGAGGGAAAGGGGCUUCCACUGCCAAAGGGUGGAUGGAAGGUAGGUGGCUUGUGGCCGAAGAAGAGGGCGAUUUUGAUAAAACCCUGCCAGGAGGCGGGGGCGGAGGCUGGGUGAUUACCGAGGUGAGGCCCGAAGCCACAGGGCUCUGUGAAGGGAUGGGGUGGCGGCGGGGGGUGGUGGAGAGGAAGCGUGGAGGGCAGAGCUGCUUCCUGCUUGAGAAUCGCCAGCUCGGCUGAGAGCAUCCAAGGGCAGGAGCCCCUCUGCCUCCUGCUUCCGCCCCAGCCAACUCAGUAGUCAGGUGGAGGGAAGGGUGAGAACACGGCGUCAAUGAAAGGGUGGAAAUAGCUGUGGAGGAAUGAUCAUGACCAGGACCAGAGGCUCUCCCCCCCCCCCACACACACACACUGGGCAUCCAGGAACCGGUAGCCUGGGGCAGGGGCUCUGCAGUCCAAGCUGCCCUGAGGUGCCUACACCCUGCACCGUUUCGCGGCCAUCCUGGACAGAGGCUCUAAGAAAGCCAGGCUGUUACAUCCAGCAGGACAUUGGUGCCGGGGGUUGGUGGCGGGGUGGGGGGGGCGGGGAGCGGUCAGAGCCCAUGGGUACGUGCAGUCACCGCCUCUCCCUCAGUUUCUCUCUUUGCACUGGGAGCUGGGAGUCCAACAUGUGGCACUUAUAUCUACCACUUACAUAGGGCCAGACAGGUUCCCUGAGAGAAAAUUGAUGGCAGGGCCCUGACAACCCAUCACGCGCUGUGAUGUUCAUAAACAUAAAAUGUUGUCCCGGGGGCAGCAUGACCCUGCCCGAGCUGGGUGAUAGAGAAGGCGAGAGGGGAAGCUAGACCUAUGAGCUCAGGUUGAUAUGGCAACCGUGGACUUGUGGGUGAGCUUUGGAGACCCCCCCCCCGCCCGCCCGCCCGCCACUGAUCCCAACACACUGGAGGAGCCCACGAGCCUCUUCUGUCUCUCCAUGGGGACCCAUCCUGGUCUGCAAGUCACAGAGGACUCAGCAGGGUCUGUAGGGGUGGGCUCAGGUCCAGCGCUUCAGACCAGGCCGCUCUGCAGGAGGGUCCACACUGUAGGCCAAGCAGUCAGGCCCAGCAGGCACAGGAGGGACAGAGGUCAGGUUCAGGGUCAGGGCUCAGGUGCUGAGGCAUUCGAG